CUGCGCUUCAUGUUGUUAUAUAGAGAAAUUUGACCAGCUAUCCGUUUGCGGCUCAACAAUUAUAAAAUGCCAUGUAAAAUGGUGUGACAGAUAAUCAGAGCAACAGGUGAUCCUGAUUCCCGGGCGGGACGCGUGAUUGACCGCCGUGUCAGCCAAUCAGCUGAUAGAGAUCAGAGUUCUGGCACCAAUCGCAGAUGUCCGCAGUGUCCGUGUGGGCGUUGUUCCAGACUGGACUCUCACACAGCAGCAGUGUCAUCAGCGGUAGAUCCACACAGGACACCGAGGACACAGACGGAGGGUUUGUCCGCCUUUGGCGAGGAUUUUUUUCCACCCUGUCGUCGUUGCCAGAAUAAGAGGUGGAAAUACACCGGGAGUUGAGCUGAAAGAGAGGACCGCGAUGCCGUACAGAGGAGAUUAGCUUUAAGGUGAUUGCUGCAGUUGUUCUGGACUAUAAGCAACUCUGAGGAUUAUUCCUGUGCAGCUGGAUCAAACUUCGUACAUCACCAGUCCUUCCUCAUGAGGAAAGAUGGGGAAUGGCUUGUCGGAACAACCUAGCUUCAUCUCAGCUGUCCCAUUCUUCCAGUCUUUUCACAUCGCCAUCCUGGGGCUGGACUCUGCAGGGAAGACCACCGUUUUGUACAGACUGCAGUUUAAUGAGUUUGUCAACACAGUGCCCACCAAAGGCUUUAAUGCAGAGAAGGUCAGAGUGUCUCUGGGCGGCCACAGGACUGUGACAUUCCACUUCUGGGAUGUCGGUGGUCAGGAGAAGUUGCGCCCCCUGUGGAAGUCAUACACGCGAUGCACAGACGGCAUCAUAUUUGUUGUGGACUCUGUGGAUGCGGAACGCAUGGAGGAGGCCAAAACAGAGCUCCAUAAAAUCACCAAGACCUCUGAAAACCAGGGGGUGCCCCUGCUGGUGGUGGCCAACAAACAGGACUUGAGGCACUCUUUGGGACUGGAUGAAGUUGAGAAAUUGCUGGCACUGAAAGAACUGGGCCCCUCAACUCCCUGGCAUCUGCAGCCAGCCUGUGCAAUCAUAGGAGACGGACUCAGGGAGGGCCUGGAGAGACUCCAUGACAUGAUACUUAAACGGAGAAAGGUGCUCAGGCAGCAGAGGAAAAAGAGAUAAACUUGUCAUGAGAUAGAUUUAUCUGUUUUAUGUGAAGGAAACAAAAAUGUUAAAGGAUUCAAACUUCUGCUGCGGAGUCAACACAGCAAGUUUUAUCAGUGUAAAACUGAACUGUAGGCUUCCCGGUGUUGGUCAUGUGAUGAUGCUAUUGAUCAGGAAGUGAUGCAUUAAGGAAUACAGUAUGAAGAUGAGAAAGUCUCAGACAUGUGUGGAUGUGACAAAGAGUUUAUAUAGAUUAAAAAGCACAGAGGGUUUGGGGUCUGGUGGGCUGACAGAAGAUGUUUUAAGGAUGCUGUGUGCUUCAUUCAUGGCUAAUGGCUGUUCUGAGCCAUUUUACCAAAAAUAACUUAAGCAAAAGCUGAAGGGUUAUUGAUCACUGUUAUAUCAGAAGGGCAAUGAAAAGAUCUGUUUUAUAUGUUAUCAUAAUUUGUUUACUUUAUACACUGGACUUUGUAAAAGUAUUAUCAUGCAUUAACGCAUUGUAAUUGAUUUGCUUGCUGUCUUAUAUCUUUUUUUACAAGCACUUUAGGUGGUCAGUUUGUAUGAAGUUUACAGUUUUUAAGUAGAGCAUAUUGUGUUGGAUUUUACAGAAUUGUUAAGGGCAAACACAGAUUACUGUACAGUAGAUGGUCAUUACUGGCCACAUUGUCACUAGACAGGUGUUUAGACAUUAUGUUUUUCUAAAUAAAACAUAUCUAGAGCAAUA